AUGAUUAUUGUAUCUUUUAAUAUUAGAGGUGGGGGAAACGCUCUCAAGAGAAGGAGAAUUAGUUCUAUUUUAAAGAAGGGCGAUGCAGACAUUGUGUUGAUACAAGAAACAAAAUUGACAAAUAUGGAGGAUUUCGUAGCUAAGAGUAUGUGGAGUAACACGGAUGUUGGCUUUUCUUUUACUAACACCGUAGGUAUGUCGGGAGGAAUAUUGACUUUAUGGAGGACGGAAAGAGUGGAGGUAAUACAUAGUUUCAAAGGAGAAGGGUAUAUAGGCAUAAAAGUGUUUUGGAAGGGUAAUAUUUACUACGUGGUGAGUGUUUACUCAUCUUGUCUUCUUUUUAAGAAAAAAGAGUUGUGGGAGAAUUUAGUGCAUGUGAAGUCUUCUUUCACGGAUGGUAAUUGGAUUAUAGGCGGGGAUUUCAAAGCAAUUAAAAAUAGUAGCAAGAGGAAAGGUAGGAUGGGGAGGGAGGUGGAUAAUGGGGCGGAUCAUUUUUGGAAAUUCAUUGACGAUAUGGAUUUGGUGGAUGUGCCGUGUAAAGGGAAGAGGUUUUCGUGGUAUAGCGGGAAUGGGAUGGCUAUGAGUAGAAUCGAUCGGUUCCUAGUGUUGGAUGUGAUUGUUAAUAGAUGGGGGUGGUGGGUCAAUUAG